AUGUCGGUGUUCUCGAUGAUCAAACGGGGUCGUCAGGCUGCCAAGGACCAUCGCGCAGAACAGGCUAAGAAGGAGAAAGAGGAGGAGCAGAAGCCGCCCUACAAGCACGUACCGAAGCAUGCUGCCAUUGACGCGAUGUCGGGAGGGCCGGCGGCAUGGAGGGAAACGGACAGGGCCAGGAUCGUCGAGCAGAACCGAAGACGCAGCGCCAUGACGGCCAGCGGCGUGGGCAUGAGCGGUGUUAUUACGCCCAUUCACCCGGGCGUUACCCGUGUCCACAGCUCGCUCUCACACGUUUCCUACCCUUCGGCCUAUGCCACCCCGGUUGUCCAACUCCCCCGGGGUUACAGCUACAGCAGCAUGCCAGCCGGCUGGACCCCGCAUAGCCGUGAGAUGAGCUACAGCCCUGUUGACACCGGUGCCUUGUCCGUGAAGGGAAAGGAGGUCGAAAGGGUUGCCGAUUCGUCCCGCACAAGUCGAUCCUCAAGCAAACUAUCCAUGGCCCGAGUACCGCUCCCCUCCAUGUCUGCGCCUGAGGUCAGGGAUGUCGCACCAUCCCCGGUGGAGAGCUCCGGCGGCUCGACAAGCUCUCAGGAUGAUUUGGAGAUGAAGCCAGCGGAGAGACGCAGCGUCAUUACUCCACUUCCCGUCACGACCACCGCGAGUAGCCCAAAGCCGAGCCGACCCACGAACGACGUCGAACGCAUUCAUCGACUCCACCCGGGACGAGCCCGUCGGAUCUCGGACCCCAAGCAACCUGUUACCCGCCCCCCGUAUGGGCGGCGCACCAGCUCUCUAGGCGGAGAUAUUCCUCCGGUGCCCGCUCUUCCGCCCAUGGAGUUUGGCACCGCCAUAACUACACCCGACGUAUUCUCAUCCGCUGAAUCCAGCGCUAGUUCCAUCACCAUGGUCCCCGUCGGUUCCAGCGUGUCACUCUCGUCACCGAAGGCUGGUGCCGUCCCGACUGUGAUGGUGGCUCAGGAGGUGGAAGUCCCCCAGCAAGCUGAGAUUGUAUCUGCCGAAAAGUUCAGCGAAGAGAGAGCCAUAAUCCCCAGUGCCGUCGCUGCUCCGGUCUCUUCGCCCGGAGCUGCCAAAAAGAGUCGGAGGAUAUCCAAGAUCGCGCGGUUUACAGAGCUUGAGCCGAUCAAGUCCAACACAACCGUGGCCGUCGAGCCGAGCCCGCCGUCACCGGAGGAACUGGAACAAGAGAAAGGUCGCUCAAUCGUAGAUGUCACAGCCCUUCCGACGAGCUUUGAUGACUCCGUCUUGUCUGCAUCCAAGGCAGCCUCGAAAGCCACCGCCCCACCCUCUUCAUCUCGGUCGGGCAAGCUCACCAAGAGCGCGGGUGCGAACGUGAAACCUGCAAAGAAAAACAGGUGGUCUCUAAGGACUAGCAAGACAGCCGUGGCUGUUUAA